AUGUACCUUUUGGCUGUGAUAGGCAAUGGCCUGGUUAUGGCAGUGGUGGCCUGGGACAAAAGCCUCCACGAACCCAUGUAUCUCUUCCUGGCCAUGCUGGCACUCAACGAUGUCCUCCUUUGUAGUGUCACAGUGCCCAAAACGCUUCUCAUCUUAUGGCAGGGCUCUUCCCCAUCCACAUUUCCUGCCUGUCUCACCCAGAUGUUUUUUGUUCAUGCGCUCUUCCUCUCUGAAUCUGCUGUUCUACUGGCCAUGGCUUUCGAUCGCUAUGUGGCUAUCUGUUCACCACUCCGUCAUGCAACCCUAUUUACAGGCUCUCUCAUUGGCAAGAUGGGCCUGGCUCUGGUGGCUCGAAGUGUGGCUGUAGUCACCCCUGGUGUACUCCUCAUUCUCCGGCUGCAGUUCUGCCAGAGCAACAUCAUCCACCAUACCUACUGUGAGAACAUGGGCAUUGCCAAGGUGGCCUGCAAUAGCAUUGCCCUUAAUAACAUUUAUGGGCUCACCGCUGCUCUCCUCACCACAGGGCUGGACUUUGUCUUCAUCUUCCUGUCCUACUGGCUAAUCCUGAGAACAGUUUUCCAACAACCUUCUAGGGAAGCCAGGACAAAGGCGUUCGGAACCUGUGGAGCUCAUAUAUGUGUCAUCUUGAUAUUCUAUACUCUGGCCUUCUUUUCCUUCUUUACCCAUCGCUUUGGAAACCGUGUGCCCAGUCAUGCCCUCAUCCUCCUGGCAAACCUCUACUUACUGGUGCCACCUACCGUGAACCCCAUUGUCUAUGGAGUAAAGACAAAAGAGAUAAGGAUGAGAGUACUAGGACUCUGCAGCCAACCAAAAUGA